CACUGCUGACCAAGAUUCCCAUUGUGUCCACUCCAGUCCAUCAAUGACGUCUCGGCCAACCGUGGUCCUCGUCCCGAGCUGGGGAUCCGGCCACUUCAUGUCCGCGCUCGAAGCCGGCAAGAGGCUUCUCGCCACCGGCCGGGGCGCCUUCACGCUGACCGUGCUCGUCAUGCACGCGCCAUCCGAAGCAAUGGCGUCCGAGGUCCAGGGCCACGUGCGCCGGGAGGCAGCUUCCGGCCUCGACAUCCGCUUCCUCCAGCUCCCCGCCGUCGAGCACCCCACCGGCUGCGUGGACCCUGUUGAAUUCGCGUCCCGGUACGUCCAGCUCCACGCGCCCCACGUCAAGGCGGCCAUCGCGCGCCUGGGGCCGUCGUCCCGGGUGGCCGCGGUCGUCGUCGACCUCUUCUUAACUGCCCUAUUCGACGUUCUCCACGAGCUCACCGUGCCGGCGUACGUGUACUUUGCCUCCCCCGCCGCGUUCCUGGCGCUCAUGCUGCGCCUGCCGGCGCUCCGCGAGGAUCUGACGGGUGCCGGGUUUGAGGCGAUGGAGAGCACGGUGGACGUGCCCGGGCUGCCGCCGGUGCCGCCGUCUUACAUGCCGGCAUGCCUUGUGAAAGCGAAGAUCCAGAGCUACGACUGGUUUGAGUACCACGGCCGCCGCUUCAUGGAAGCCAGGGGCGUCAUAGUGAACACCUCAGUCGAGCUCGAAAGCUCGAUUCUCGCGGCGAUCGCGGACGGCCAGUGCGUACCCGGACGCCCUGCUCCGGCGCUACACGCGAUCGGCCCGGUUGUCUGGUUCGGUUCGACGGACGACCAGCAGCCGCACGAGUGCGUGCGGUGGCUCGACGCGCAGCCGCCGGCUUCGGUGGUUUUCCUCUGCUUCGGGAGCAUGGGGUCCCUCGACGCGGCACAGGUGAGGGAGGUAGCCGCCGGCCUGGAGCGCAGCGGCCACCGCUUCCUGUGGGUGCUACGAGGCCCGCCCGUCGCCGGCACGCGGCUCCCGACGGACGCGGACCUGGACGAGGUGCUCCCGGAGGGUUUCCUGGAGGCGACUGCGGGGAGGGGGCUGGUGUGGCCGGCGUGGGCGCCGCAGAGGGAGAUCCUGUCCCACGCCGCCGUGGGCGGCUUCGUGACGCACUGCGGGUGGAACUCCAUCCUGGAGAGCCUGUGGUCCGGCGUGCCGAUGAUCCCGUGGCCGCUGUACGGGGAGCAGCACCUGAACGCGUUCGAGCUCGUGGCCGGCGUGGGCGCGGCGGUCGCGCUGGAGAUGGACCGAAGGAAGGGAUUCUUCGUGGAGGCGGCCGAGCUGGAGCGAGCGGUGCGGAGCCUGAUGGGCGGCGCGUCGGAGGAGGGGAGGAAAGCGAGGAGGACGGCCGCGGAGACGAGCGCCGCGUGCAGGGAGGCCGUCGGCGAGGGCGGCUCGUCGUGCGCCGCGCUGCAGAGGCUCGUGCGCGAGAUUUUGGUUUCGCCGACGGAGGGAAACGAUUCCCGCUAAAUUUGCAGCAAGCGCCGUGGUGAUGCACUGAUGGGCAGUGUAUCCGUUCUGCGAGCAGCUUUCUUCUCUGAAACCAUCAGUGUUCGGCUCCCCUGUUCCAUUUGCAUAGAAACCAUGAUGUUCA